CUCACUUCCGUCCCAGUUGUGACGAUUUGGGUCUGCACCGGAAGUGCCUGUGCUGCCGAUGUGGGACUUGGUGAUUGCGGUUUCAUUCUCUAUUCCUUGUUCCCCCGGCUGGGUAUUUGCGUCGCACCAUGGCGCCCAAGGGCAAAGUGGGGACAAGAGGGAAGAAGCAGAUAUUCGAAGAGAACAGAGAGACCCUCAAGUUCUACCUGCGGAUCAUACUGGGGGCCAAUGCCAUUUACUGUCUUGUGACCUUGGUCUUCUUCUACUCAUCUGCCUCAUUUUGGGCCUGGAUGGCCCUGGGCUUUAGUCUGGCUGUAUAUGGGGCCAGCUACCACUCAAUGAGCUCAAUGGCACGGGCGGCCUUCUCUGAGGAUGGGGCCCUGAUGGAUGGUGGAAUGGACCUCAACAUGGAGCAGGGCAUGGCAGAUCUCCCUUCCAUCCACAGGCACCUGAAGGAUGUGAUCCUACUGACAGCCAUUGUGCAGGUGCUCAGCUGCUUUUCCCUCUACAUCUGGUCCUUCUGGCUCCUGGCUCCAGGACGGGCCCUUUACCUCCUGUGGGUGAAUGUGCUGGGCCCCUGGUUCACGGCAGACAGUGGUGCCCCAGCGCCGGAGCACAAUGAGAAAAGGCAGCGCCGGCAGGAACGGCGGCAGAUGAAACGAUUGUAGCCACUAACGUUGUGACCACUGGUUGCUGGGCCUUAGGUGGUUCUAUCAGGCUGUAUGGCCCCAUGCUAGGAGUAACGAGGGCCUAGUCCAGGGGCCAAAAGCAGUCUAAGGCAUAGGAUUGUUGAAUAAAUGGCUUAGAAUGUGGCUAA